GACAGGGGGUGUGGCCAAAUGAGUGACGCAGGUAACUUUUCAGUGUUUUAUGGCCGUUUCUUUCUGUGGUAGUGCAAAAGCUUUCACUUGCAUGAGGGCGCAAGACGGGCCAGAUGACAGGAAAUAAACUGCCGCUGUAGCAACGAGGGAAAAAUGGAGAAGGACACCAGUAAAAGUGGAGAAAUAAGCUUAGAUCUACUGGAAGUACCAUCCGAAUGUCGGUGUUCUCGUCUCCGAGCUGGCUUCCUUAUACUUGUUGUCUCAGCUGUAUUACUCUUCUACAACAUGAACAUACCUAAAGUGUCACAAGUUUGGUCUGAGACAGUUCAGAAGAUAUACAACAGUAAAUACAACACUGCAGGAGCAGCUUCAAAUGUUACCACCAAUACAUCUGCUCAACAAUGGACAACAAUGGUCUCGCCUUCUGCAUUACCAGGUGAACAGUGUACAACUGAAACUUCAUACCAUGUGGCAUAUCCCUGUAAAUAUCAUUACAUUCUAAAUGAAUCAGAGAGGUGUCAGAAUGACAAGCCCUUCUUGGUCUUGAUGGUACCUGUGGCACCGAACAACAGGGCAGCUCGGGAUGCCGUCCGCACCACCUGGGGGUCUGAGAAGAUGGUUAUGGAUAAAAAUGUGACCCUUUACUUUCUGCUUGGUCAGUCUGGACAUGAAGGUAGAGAGGAGCUCCAGCAGAAGAUCUUGCAGGAGAGCGAGGAACACCAUGACAUCAUUCAGAGUGAUUUCCUGGACAGCUAUAAAAAUCUCACCAUCAAAACUAUGGUGCUUAUGGAAUGGCUGACAGCCUACUGCCAAAAUGCUGCCUAUGCCAUGAAGAUUGACUCCGAUAUGUUCUUAAACGUGAACGCUUUAAUGAAUAUGCUUCUCCAGGCGCCCAGGGAGAACUAUAUGACGGGACUUGUGGCCAGGGGAGCUAUCGUUCUCAGAGACCCUAGAUCCAAAUGGUAUCUGCCAAAAGAUGCGUUUCCUGAAGACUUUUAUCCACCUUACGCUCUGGGCUUGGGUUACGUGUUCUCCUUGGACCUUCCGAACAAGCUCAUUGAAGGGUCGAAACAUGUCAAAGCCGUCUACAUUGAAGACGUAUAUUUAGGAAUGUGCAUGCGGUAUGUGGGAAUACCUUACACCAUUCAGGCUGACCAGAGCCUCUUCAAUGUCUUCCCUGUUCCUUACAACCGCUGUCGCUACUCAAAACUCAUUGCUACAACAACACAUAGCCUACAGGAUCAAGUUAACGCUUGGAAAGACCUUAAGAGACCAGAACCUCCUUGUUAACAUUGGAUGAGUAUAUAAUAUGUUUUAGAAAGUCUGUAUGGACAAAUUGAGAUGUGCUAUAUGAAGAUGAAGGUGUGAGGAAUAGUGAGCUUAUGAAAGUAUAUAGAAGCAACAUAUUUUUAGGGUUUGUGUAAGAAAGGAAAUAAGUGAAGGUGUAAAAUUGGAAUACAGCCAUUAUUUGAGUUUACUUGAGGACACUUGAGAAGGUGUAUUAAUAUUUUUUUAUAUGUGAACCUUUGAUCUAAUAUACAGAAUGCAUUCUUUAUUUUGACCGGUGCCACUCCGAGAGAUGUCUGAUCAGUUGGUGUUUUGAUGGUGGUCGUAGAGAGGUAUGGUAUUUUUUUUUUUAUUUUUUUUUUUUAUUAAAGACUCUGUGAGUACUGUUAAAGAUUACCAUGAAGCAAUAAAAAAGCUCAGGAUUUUACAUAUGCAAAUUGUACGGUAUAAAUUUAUAUUUUGUAUAAAAAUUUACUUGCUACAUUGAACAUUUUAUUUCAUUCCAAAGACAUCAAAUCAUCACCAGAAGAAAUGUUGCCUCUCUUGACAGGUUAAUGUUGAGAACCCUGGUGGAAUUUUGUGACUGUGUGAAAUAAGAAAUAAGCUGCU